UACAUUUCCUUUCCUAUGUAAAGGCUGCUCAGGAGUAAACUGUGCUAAAGAUGUCUUAAAGGUGGCAGCGAGGCACCUUUCCAAUGCGUUUUGUAGAAUUCGAACUUCCCAUCUUCCGAGUACUUCCGGUUUAUCUUGCUCGGAUCGAAUAGGAUAGGAUAGGAUAGGAUAGGAUAGGAUAGGAAAGGAAAGGAAAGGAAAGGAAAGUUCCUGAGCAAAAACAAGAAUCCGAAGAGGCCCGAGUCACUUUGGGACACACUAUUUCGAAUUGUGAACAUGCUUUUCACGAGCGUGUUCCGAAGUGUGAGGCAGGGACUGAAAUUCAGAUCUAUCCACCACAGUCCUGCAUGGAGAAGUCCUCUAAUACCUAUCGUUAUAGAGCAAACGGGCAGAGGAGAACGGGCUUAUGACAUAUAUUCUCGCCUCCUCAGAGAGAGGAUCAUUUGUGUAAUGGGUCCCAUUGAUGACGCUGUGGCCAGUCUGGUUAUUGCCCAAUUGCUUUUUCUUCAGUCAGAAAGCAACAACAAACCAAUUCACAUGUACAUCAACAGCCCUGGUGGUGUGGUGACAGCAGGCCUGGCCAUAUAUGACACCAUGCAAUAUAUCCUUAAUCCCAUCUCCACUUGGUGUGUUGGUCAAGCAGCUAGCAUGGGUAGUUUGCUGCUGGCAGCAGGGACAACAGGCAUGAGGCAUUCAUUACCCAAUGCCCGUAUCAUGGUCCACCAGCCAUCUGGAGGUGCCAGGGGUCAGGCCACUGACAUCGCCAUCCAGGCUGAGGAGAUCCUGAAAUUGAAGAAACAAAUAAACAAUCUCUAUGCCAAACACACUGGCCAACUGCUAGAAACCAUUGAGAAUGUAAUGGAGAGAGACCGCUACAUGAGCCCCAUGGAGGCCCAGGACUUUGGUCUUAUCGACCUAGUCCUGGUCCACCCACCUCAAGCCGGUAAAGAUGAGCCUGAGCUGGUUCAGAAAGAGUCUGGCACAGCAGCUAGUCCCUCUGCAACCCUGGAGUCUCCAGAACUUGACAGUGCCUCAACUGGGACACCCAACCCCUCUCACUAACCUAAGCCAUAAGUGACCAUAGCAAACUUGUGCAAAAAUAUGUAUACCUUUUGUGAUUAUUAAAAAAUCUAAAUUGCCUUCUGUCCGUACUAUGCAGCAUCAAUUCCUCCGCGUCUGUGUAAGACCCAUGCAGGGGUCAUGCAACCCACAUCACUGGAUUUAGGAACUCUUGUUUUUUUUGUCUGUAAUAAGUACAAUAAAUGAUUUUUAAAUUAACCCCUCAUUUCCAACAUGGGCCCAAAGUGAGGCUUCUGAGGGUUUUUUUGUACAUCUUAGCACUAAAUCAUGAUUUAGUUUUCAAGGAACUCCUCAAUUGACCUGUUUUUUAUCAGCAUUCAUCCUUGUUUUAUUAUUUAGAAUAAAAACCUUUUUUGUGUCAGUACCCCUCUAAUGUACAACAUGGGUAAUACAAAUUAGCCAUAUAAAUUAGUUAUUUCAAGUAUGGUUGGGUGUUUCUAUGACAUAUCUAUGAAAUACGUAUAUUUUAUCAUGCACUAUUAGA